GUGCAAUCACCCCGACGCCCUCUUCUGGCGAUCCAGGGAGGAGAGCGCGCGGGGUGUGUGAGUGAUUUCCGAUAUUUGUUGUCGUUAGCAGCGGUGGCGGGAAGAAGCAUCGCACGAGCUGGGGGUAAAGGAAGAGAGAGGUGACCUCCAGCGAGAGGGAGAGAAAGACUGGAGCUCCCUUCUUUUCCAGCGUGACGGGGUGUGCUCGCGAUUGGCAGCAAGCACACAUACACAUGUCGCCUACGGAUGUCGCCAGGAGCAGUAGUAGCAGUAGCAACACGCAAGAAUCACCAGGAGGAGCAGGUAACACGCUGACGACGCAGGAGGCGCUGCUGCUGCUGCCGGUAGAAGCAGCCCCUGCCGAGUCCAAGCCCCCUGCUGUGGCGGCAGCAGCGCUGCUACGCGAGGACGCGAGCAGCGUGAUCUCCGUUGGCGCCUCCCCUCCCCCAGUUCAGAUCUCGACAGCAUCAGCGGCGGUGGAAAUGCCCCAUCAGGAGCAGGACGGAUGGGGAGAGCCGGGGGCUGCAACAACACGAGGGGGAUCUGCUGGCAACUUGUCUAGCGGGAUAAGCGUUGAGGAGCUCAAGAAGAUGACCGCGCUGCGGAUGGCCAACCACCACCACCAUCACCAUCACCAGCGCCUUCGCGGUGCCAGCAGCCCUUCCGAACAUGAAGGUGCGUAGUAGUAACAAAAAAAUACAAGGUUGUCGGUAAUGAUGGCGAUGAUGUUGUGAUGCUCACGUAAUCCCGCUCUCCUUUUUUUUGCUCUCAGCACACUUUGACUCAAACUUGCGUCGUACCUUCCGUCCGUGCAGCAGUACUUUUUCCGUGUAGGUUUAGAUUGAGAGGUGAGAAUAUUUUGAUUUUUUGAUUUAUUGAUUUUGCCGGAGAGUUUCGCUCCAUCGGGCGUGGUUGAUCGUGUGCAUGCAAUAACACUUCGCGUGCGUGGAAACUACAUUAUUUUCGAGAUAUCCCCUCGCACAGGACGGUAGCAUUAAUAGUCGAACGUGCAAAGAUCCGACAAAGCCACGAGUCCAGGAGGCCUCGCCAUUAGGAUGAGGAGAUGAGGCCGUUUUUUCCAGGGUACACCUCGGGAAUAUUCCCGCCGUUUUUUUCCCGCCGUGGUGGGCGGUCCCGGUACUGGCGGGAAUUACCACCACAUUCGGGUGGUACCGGGAACCGCCGAAGGCGGUACCGCCGAAAAACGAAAAACCGCCGACCGCCUAAAAAAUACCGCCACUUUGCAGUACCGCCGAAAAAGUACCGCCGAAAAAACGAAGUACCGGGAACCGCCUAAAAAGAACCGCCAUAUUGCAGUACCGCCGAAAAAGUACCGCCACUUUGCAGUACCGCCGAAAAAGAAUCGCCGAAAAAAUGAAGUACCGGGAACCGCCAAAAGACAACCGCCAUAUUGCAGUACCGCCGAAAAAAUACCGCCGUACUCCAGUACCGCCAAAACGGUACCGCCAUACUACAGUCUUGCCUUCUAGAGUAGCAUAGGGCACUGUCUUCGACGCCAUUUCGCGCAGAUCAGUGGUUCGAGUCCAACUGGCGUGCGUCUUUGUUCACGUUUUUUCUUUUUUCUUUUUCUCUUUCGUCAUACACGCACUCUUCUCUUUUUGCAUUUUCUUUCUUCUUUAGGUUGCCUUUCGUUUGUCCAUGAACAGCUCGAUUUGACCAUGGGUAUGCAUCGCAUCGUGAAAUCACGAAAUCAUAUGGGAGAUGCAGGCUCUCAAGCGUACAUACAAGAGACAAAAAGCGACCCAUCCUGAAAGAGAGGAAAGAGGUUCGCCGGUUGAUGGGGCGCCAAGGGCACCGAAAUGUAGUUUGGCAUCGCCAUAUUUUAUGUUUUAUAUUUUAUCUUUUGAUAUUCUGGUCUACUCGCAACCCUCGAAGGCGGUGCCGCCAUAUUUCAGUACCGCCACCAAAAAACCGCCAUAUUUGGCAGUACCGGGAACCGCCGGAGACGGUACCGCCAUAUUUCAGUACCGCCAGGAAAAUACCGCCGAAAAAACGAAGUACCGGGAACCGCCAAAAAAAUACCGCCACUUUGCAGUACCGCCAAAAAAGUACCGCCACAUUCGGG